AUGGAAGAAUACUUGUGUUGCAUUUAAAAACUUAAAUGGUUUAGAAACCAAGGAAAAAUCAACAGCUAAUCCGAAAGAACAACUUAAAACAAGCUUUACUCAUUGUCCUGACAUCCAACGCUCCAUGAGAAGUUUCAAGAGAGAAAUGAACAAGAAGCCUAAAGAGAAGGUCUCAGAUGCAAAAUUUGAGUAUUUCAACUACACUCACCAUGCCAAAACGUUUGGAAUCAAAAAGAAAAGAUUGAGUCUUCUGAGCCCAGAAAUUGAGAUUAAGAAGAACUUAUAGGGGGUGAAUCGAAUAAACUCAACUUUAAAGCAAAAAAUAAAAUGUUUUUAAAUUAUACGUCUGAUAAGAUUCUGAGUCAUUUUGGGAUAAAAGAUCAUAAAAAGAGCCAAAUAAAGCAUAAUGAUCCAUUACUGGCAGUUAGGACUGUAACUAAAAAGACUCAAAAUAUACAAACUGAGAGGAGAAAUGCUCCAAGACAUUCUCCAGCCAAAGCUAAAUAAAGUAGAGAAGACAAAUAAAACAAUGAAAAGAAACUUAAAUAUUGACAAUAAAAAGCAGUCAAAACUCACCUGAAGAGGAAUAUUAUCAAAUACAAUUGCUGAGAAACUUAGAACCAUGAAUUUAGAGAAACCAAAUUUUGAAUUAAAGGGAAAAGCAGGAGUGCAAACUUUCAUGAUCUCUGAUUCCUCCCCAAUCCGCAAUAUUUCUAAUUUAAACAACAAUUCUGCAGAAAGAAAUAACUUUAAGAAUACUUCGAGCUUUCAGAAGAGGGUAAAAGUAGAAAUUGCUUCUAUAACUAUAAGAGCAAAGAAACCUGAUAAGUCGAAGAGUUUAUUAAAAGAAAAGAGGAAGUCAAUAAAGACUUCUUCGCCGUCUAAGAAAUUAAGCAAUAGCAUCAAGAGGGAUUGAAAAUCUUCACAAAAUUUGUACCUAAUCUCAGCCAGCAGAAACCAAAAGACAAUGUCAGAGAAGAAAUUUCCUUUUGAGGGUACACCUAAGAAAAAGGUGACUCCUUUUCCAAUCAAGGGGAACAAGAGACACUCGACAAAGCUCAAUAAGAAAGAUUUAUCUAAAAGGACUCCUGUAGAUAUCCCAAAAGGUUCUACUUUCACUGAAAGUGUCAAGAACGCUGAGAAGAUGCUCAGGAGUUCCCAAAAUUGAGAUCUUGCUAAAAAUGAAGAUAGUACGAAUUCUUCAGAAUCUCAAAAAGUGAAGAAUGUUCUUGAAAACUAUUACAAAGAAGAGUGACCCAUAGAACAUCCUCUCAACCGAAAAGAAAUUCUUGAAAAACUGGAAGAAGAGGAAGAAGAUAAUUAUUAUAAAGCCAGUGAAACUGUUCUUCCUGAAGACAUUCAGGCUAUUAGAAAAAUAGGUUCUGGAACUUUUGCAAAAGUUUACUUGUGAAAAAGUAUGAAAACUCAGGAACAUUAUGCUCUGAAGGUCAUUGAUAAAAGAAAACUUAAAAAUAAAGAUCUGAUUAGGUAUGCUGUGACAGAAAGAAAGAUAUUACAAGAAAUACAAAGUGACUUUGUUGUUUCAUUAAAGCUUAGCUUCCAAACGAAGUCUCAUUGCUAUCUUUUGAUGGAUUACUGCCCAGGACAGGAUAUAUGAACCUAUCUUGAUAAAGAGUCCUCCUUUAACGAGGAUAAGGCUAGGUUCUAUCUUGCAGAAAUAGUUGCUGCUAUCCAUGCUUUACAUAAAAAUGGGGUUAUUUACAGAGAUUUAAAGCCAAAUAAUAUAAUGCUUGAUGAUGAGGGUCAUAUCAAAUUGAUAGAUUUCAAUCUUUGCAAAACUGGAAUAGCAACUUCUCUACAAAGAACUAAAUCUUUCUGUGGGACCCCUGCCUACAUGGCUCCAGAAGUGUUAUCAUCCUCCUCAUACGGCAAAACCAUAGAUUGGUAUCUAGUUGGAGUCAUCCUCUAUGAAAUGAUAGUAGGAAUACCUCCCUUUUUCCAACCUGAUAUUUCAAAAGUGCACAAAGAAAUUCUUAAAUCUCAGCUUGAAAUUCCGGUUGAAUGCUCUGAAGAAUGAAAAGACCUAAUGAAUAAACUCCUUUGAAAAAAUCCUUGAAAAAGACUUGGAAACAUGGCUCACCUUACCACAGAAACAGGAGCAAGAGAUGUUCUUGCCCAUCCAUGGUUCAAAGGGAUCACUCUUGAACAAAUAGAAUCUAAAGAACUCAAGCCAUACACUCCAUAUCUCAAGAAAACAAGCUUAGAAAUGGAAAAUUCAAUCACUCCUAAAGAGCAAAAAUAUUUAGAGGCAUUCAACGAGAAGCUAAAAAAACAGUUGUUUAACAAUAAAUACAAGAAAUCAGAUCCCAAAAGAAUCAAGAAAUGGACUUUCAUACAGAAAUAAUGC